UCCCAGCCCUUAGAUAUGGCUCUCCGUAUCGGAAAAGUUGUUCCUCUGAUGCUGUUCAUCAUUUUCACCUUGGGUCUGGCGUCUGGCAAGGUCGACCACUGCGAACUGCGAGUCGCGAACUUCAUAAAUCCGUCGGACCCAAACGAUAUCCCGUGCAUGACGCGCAACGCAUGCAAACCCGGGCACAUAGUCAUGAACAAAGACUCGAGACUGAAUAAAUUGGAGCAAAACGCCAUCCUGCACGUUAUCAACAAGUUACGAAGCUUCGUGGCAAGCGGUCACGCCAAGGGUCAACCACGAGCAAAAAAUAUGAACCAGCUCGAGUGGAGUGCAGACCUCGCCGACUUGGCCAGAAUGUACGCAGAGCAAUGUGACAACCCCAAUAGCAAAUUCUUUGAUAAAGACCUUCACUGGCUUGGUCAUUACGACAUUGGAAAGCUACAGUCGGAGACGCAACACGCCGCCACUGAGAAAGGAGAUGAACUGAAAUUGCAGUUGGAACCAUAUUUCUUGCACACCAUUUAUCGCAAGGCAAUUUGCGAAGGGUUCUUCGACACCGAAAAAAUCAAACGCUUCCACAGACCCCCAGACUUUCUUCCGGCCUCGUAUGCGUACGCCCAGUUAGUGUGGGCUAACGCAAGUAUAGUUGGAUGUGCACACGUCGAGUACAAGAGUCUUGAUUUGCAGGCUGACCCUGGACAUAACCAGAACAAUUACUUGGUUUGCUUCUUUGGCCCUGGAAUUCCUCUCUGGACCUUGGACAGCACCAUGGUGGAUAAAUGGAGUGCAACCAUUUAUGACGCAGGAGACCCAAAGUGCAAAGUGCCUUCCUCAGUUUACCCUUCACUCUGCGCUUCUAAUGAACUCAACGAGAUUGAAAACCCUUGCUCAGACGAGGAAUUUUACACCAAGUACACAAAGUUCUGCAGUGACAAAAUCUACGAAAAAAUCUGCGAACACCAUGCUACUUUAAAUGCAGAAUCUAGUAACUGGUACUGGUACAUCAUGAUCAUCUUCCCCGUUGCAACUGUCGUAGCCGCUGUGUGGCACUUCCGAGAAGAUAUUGAAGAUUUUCUGUUUUGAUGUUAAAUUCUGUU